AUGCUUGUUGCCGAUCUCCGAAAUGAUCACGAGUUAGAUAAAAUCGAAACGCAAUCACCAAGCCAGCUCCGUGCUACGGCGACAGAAACUCCCUUGUUCGUUUAUUCACACGAGACAUGCAAACGAAAGUGCUGUAUCUGUACAGUUCUUAGGGACGGCGAAUGUGAAACCGAUACCUCCAUUGGUAGCCAAUCUUUUCUAAGAUCCUUGAAGAUCACUCCAAUAUUGUCUCCGUCGGCAUACCAAGGUCUUGAUCUCUUAUUGGCCUUUUCGAAUUCUGCCGUGGCAAAGAGACCUAAAGAAUCGCGGAAGCGCACAUCUGCAACCCCUGAGGACUCGUGGCUGUACGACUCAGCUGAGGAGAAAUGGCGCUCGUGGACCGUUUACAGCGCUACUGACGCAGGGUCAUCGUCUUGA